AUGGCUGUCAAACUGACAGCAAAUAUGGAUAAAGAAAAAAGCCAUCAAGCUCAUCCACCACAUAUCACUACUUGGAAGCAACGACUCCGACCAGCCCUCACUUCCCUCAGCUUCGUUCAUGACUCGGCAGGUAUCAAAAUCCUUCAGUCCAGCCAUGGCUUGCUCUUGUGCCGCAGCCUUUACAAACUGGGUAAAACCUGCAGCUAUUACAUUUGCAAUCCUUCAACAAAGAAAUUCUCAGUUCUUCCUCAGUUUUGUGCUGAAGCGGAUUAUGUAUCCGGGUCGGAAUCCAGAACUGUUUCCGGUGUUUAUUUAGUUUUUAAUCCCACCAAGUCACCUCACUACCAAGUUGCCUGCAUUCGAAUGUGUUCUUCCUCAUUCAAUAGCUACCAAGUUGAGAUUUACUCAUCUGCGACUCGGGCUUGGAGGCUUUCCGGGUCUCCUUUCGCUGCCCAUUUCGACAUGGUGUUUGACAAUGGGGUGCUUUGGAAUGCUGCAAUACACUGGAUCAGUCCAACUGGGGCUUCGUUAUGCUUUGAUAUUGAUCAAGAACGCCUAGGAGCAAUGCCCGGUCUUCCGUCAAAUGAGAAACACAACCCCUAA